AUGGAUUCUGUAAAGUUUAUUUUUGCCAAUAUUGUGGUGUCAAAUUUGAUCAAACACGGAAUUUAUUACUUUGCACAUGAUGACAUCGCCGAUUUGUAUGAGUCGUCUAUCAAGGUGGAGGAGGAGUUUUCAGAGCCUGCGGGUUCAGCACCACCACCUCAACCUUCAUGGUUUUUGCCCUAUAUUCUUGGUUUACAGAUGAGUGUAUUGUAUCUUUUUGUUCAAACACUCAGGAAGCAUGAAUUACCCAGUGGGAGAAUACGCAAUGUCCUUAUUGCUCUGAUUGGCUCUGAUGUAUUGUUCAACUUGAUGGAUGUGCUACAAUUUGCGCUGUAUUCUAACUACGGAGUCGAUCUGGUCGGUCUCAUCUCACAAAGACAUUAUGGAACAAUCUCCUACAUAAUGGAUGUGUUGCAACACCUGAGUGUGGGCCUACACCUUUUCCUUUGUGCAGAUGUCUCUAAUAUGACACCAUCCACGCUGAAAUCUGUAUCCGGUCUUAGUCUGAUCCUAAGUUUCAUUGCAAAUGCCUUUCUUGCCCCUACAACUUUUGACUUGCCAAAUGAGUCGUACCAGGUGGAAAGCUUCACUGCAUAUAGGACUCGUGGUAUUGACAUGAACUACGCACAGAGACUCAGCUCUCUCCAUCUUCUGCCGUGUAUUGGUCUCACAGUAGUCCUGGUACAUCAGAGAAUGCAAAAGAACCCCCACAAUGAGAUUCAUGAAAAGGCACCAAAUGAGAAGGGUGAUGAGGAGGUCUGCGUUAUCAAUAUGAGGAACUUCAUUCGUCGCUCCAUGAUAUGUCAUUAUGUUAUUAGUGUGCUCUAUUGCCUCAUCACUCUGGGAAUCAAAACAAAACAUGAAGGCCUAACUAGAUUUAUUAGUCAGUUUGAUACUCCCGACAAUACAUUGCGGAAGUUUGGUUAUCUGCAGCAGGCCACCAACAUCGUUUGUCUCUUGGCAUGCCUCAAUCUGGAGGGAGCAGGCGCUGACACAACACGUAUGGAUGAAUUUGAGUCUGACUUCCAACAGCCACCUUCGUAUCUCAUCGAUGGAUCUGAAAAUGAAUUAGAUUAA